UCUAAAACAGAAGUAUUAACCUAAAUUAUUAAAAAAAAAAUUUUUUUAAGGAAAAUGAAUUAUUUGCUUUACUUUUUCCAAAUUGUUUUAAUACGAUACGCAACAGCACAAGUAAUAACCCUAGGAGGACGAAAUUUCCUUAACAAUCAAAACUGCGGCAACCUACCUACAGCAACCAAUUUUGCCAACGCUGGCCUUCUAGCUAAUAUGGGUCGAACAGGCCAACUAACCAACAGCAUUAUUCCACAGAAUAAUUUGGGACAAGAAUAUAUAAUUAGCAACGCAAAAUAUGCUAACAACAAUAUGGGUUUAGCUAACAAUAUUGAGUUGGCUAGUGGCAAUAUUGGGUUGGCUAGUGGCAACAUGGGUUUGGCUGCUAGCAAUAUAGGAUUAAGUAAUAUUGGCAGUGAGGUAGUUUACAAUAAAGCUCCAAUGUUCGCUAAUGUUGUCAAACCUCCGAGGGAAUAUGGCAUAGAGUUUUCAUCGGGAGCUUUGUCAGUAGGCGGCAAUGUGGAAGUGAAUGGGAGGAUGCCUUUCAACGCCAAUGUAGCUUUGAGCGGGGUAGUACCGGCGCAGGGAAUGGGUGCAGUAGAAUAUAAGUGUGACCAGUUGGGAGCAGAAGAUAAUUAGGGUAAAUUACCCUACUAUAAAUAUGUUAGUGUUAUUAUUUAUUGAACUUAAAUAAAUGCAUGGAAAUA